CCCGUCGACCUCGUGUUCACCUCUACUGCUGCGCCUCCACACAUUACUACUGUAGGGGGAUGUGGCCGAGGAUGUGGUGGGUGUGUGUGGUGGUAGGUGUGGUGUGGUGGCAGACUGAGGUAGUAUCGGGACAGCUGGACGAGACCAAAUACCGAUACGCCAGCACCCUUGAGUACACCAUCCUCAAUACUACUGACGUCUACGAUGUCAACAACAGGUGUCGCUGCAGGAGGAAGUGUCUGGAGGUGGAGCAGUGUGUUGGGAUCAGCAUUCCCCGUGACCCGGACAACUUCCAGUGUAAAGCCCUUGUCGACGCCAACCCCGGGAGUGUCUUUAUCAAUGACAGCCCUGACCACGACUCAUUUGUCAAGAUAUACUACAUGUCGAGUGUGACUACAACAACUACCAACGCCCCAACUGUGGGUCCCGUCUUGUUGCCGGCUGGGGGGAGAGAUGAUGCUGAAUGGAAGUGUCGGAAACAAGGACAAACAUUGGCCGUCCUCAGAACACAACAAGACUUGGUUAACUUUCUUCAACAAGUACCAGACACAAGCGGGACUUAUGUCCACCUAGCGCUGCAGUACAAAAGGAGCCAUGCCUUUUGGACACCCCGUGACGAGCCGUUCUCUACCACUGAAUUGGGACAAAAGCCUCUCCCGUUCGAUCUCGAUGGCAAAGACUUCGUCCUGAGCUCUUACAGCCUUGCAGGCAAAACCAUUGAAAGGUUCAAACGCCUGAAUGAACAUUUCAACACUUACGGCGUACACUGUAUGAACAUUACAGGCGGCUUCCCCCCAAAUUACACUAACUUCGUCUUCAGUGGAGUAUGGCAGGGUUAUAAUUACGCCAGUGGUCAUUGUUCGAACCAGAACCAAGAGUUGGCCGUGUAUAAGACCGAGGCAGAAUACCAGAAGCUGCUGACGGAGGCGAUGCCCAGCAAGGAAGACAAUUUUCUGGCUCUGAAGUACAACAGCGAUAAUAUGCGUCUUGAGUGGGAUGAACCCAAUAUUCCCAUUAAAGUCACCCCCUUGGCCCACCUCGCUGACCUGCCCAUAACUGGGAACUCCGGUGACUGCCUCUAUCCUAAAGUGAAUAAAACUAAUCCUGCUGCUCCCUUUAUCGCCUCCUUCACGCGAGAUUCUUGUUCCGAAGAUGGUCAAGCUGUAUGUAUGGACGUGCCCAAGAUCGCUGAGCCCGGGCAGGUGUACAAGUACGAGGUUCGCCGGACUGUCGUUGACCAUUAUUCUUGGUUCAGGCCUCGGCGGGAAGGCUACCAGCUGGCUAUACUCAAGACACGAGAACAAGUCGACCAAGUCUUCAACCAGAUCAGUUCAGACAGUCCCACAUUAGUUAACGCUGUUGACGACUUCUUGGUAGCUCUCAGAUGGGAUUCUGAAGCUCAGGAACUCUUAUGGGAAGACGACACACCUUACUCAUCCACCCCCCUGGCCUCACACAGCAGCACCACCGAUGAACCCCAGGACAACAAAAACCACUAUCUCUUGCACCAAAAAGACGGGGUGUACAAAGGCUUCCGUGGUAAAGAUAAUUACGAUGAUACAGAGUACCAACUGUGGAUGAAACUGGUGCCCUAAGAAAGAAGACCUGCCCAGACAAGAGUGAUUUCGUUUUCGUGAUGCUAAUUUAAGGAUCUUGUUUUGGCUACUUAAAGAGUUACGUUCUAGUGUUUUCUCGCUAACGUGAUGCUGAUUUAAGGAUCUUGUUUUGGCUACUUAAAGAGUUACGUUCUAGUGUUUUCUCGCUAACGUGAUGCUGAUUUAAGGAUCUUGCUUUGGCCACUUAUAGGGUUACGUUCUAGUGUUUUCUCGCUAACGUGAUGCUGAUUUGAGGAUCUUGUUUUGGCCACUUAUAGGGUUACGUUCUAGUGUUUUCUCGCUAACGUGAUGCUGAUUUAAGGAUCUUGUUUUGGCUACUUAUAGGGUUACGUUCUAGUGUUUUCUCGCUAACGUGAUGCUGAUUUAUGGAUCUUGUUUUGGCCACUUAUAGGGUUACGUUCUGGUGUUUUCUCGCUAACGUGAUGCUGAUUUAAGCAUCUUGUUUUGGCUACUUAUAGGGUUACGUUCUAGUGUUUUCUCGCUAACGUGAUGCUGAUUUAUGGAUCUUGUUUUGACCACUUAUAGGGUUACGUUCUAGUGUUUUCUCGCUAACGUGAUGCUGAUUUAAGGAUCUUGUUUUGGCCACUUAUUGGGUUACGUUCUAGUAUUUUCUCGCUAACGUGAUGCUGAUUUAUGGAUCUUGUUUUGACCACUUAUAGGGUUACGUUCUAGUGUUUUCUCGCUAAUAUGAUGCUGAUUUAAGGAUCUUGUUUUCGUUUUUUGUAGUCGUGUGUGGUGUGACGUGAUAUUUGAUCUAUAUAUAUAAACAUUAUUUUAUAUAUCAAUCUACACAUGCAUAGCAAAUAGAUUUUGUGAUCUAAGUUGGUUUGUAUUUAGGACUUAAAAACUAUAAUACAUUAAUGUAAUCAAACUUACAAUUAUAUUUAUGUAAUGUUGGGAAUAGAAUUAUAUUAAAGACCACCAGAUUGAGUCACCCAUUUAUGACUCUCUCUCUCUCUCUCUCUCUCUCUCUCUCUCUCUCUCUCUCUCUCUCAUUACGGACUUCUCUGAUUAUUCCAUCUAAUUAUUUCAGUGACCUUAUAUUUUCUCAACAGUGUGGCCUCUGUGUGCUCUGAAUGACAUUAUUACUCAAACUAAAACAUACAAUCAGACACAUCUUUCGCACUACACAUAAGAAGGAAAGUUAGAUGAUAAAAGUGUGUAAUAUAUUAUAAGAAAAGGAUAUAUUUAAAGAUUCGUAAGAUAUUUGUAGAUAAGAGAGAAGUGAUAUGGAAAGAUGUAUACCUUGACACGGGGGGAUGAGGGGGAGGUGAUGAUAUAGGAAGUGAGUGAAGUAGGAUCUUGUUACUGAUAAGAUAAUAAGAAUGACUUUUGUGUAAUGUUAGUGGGAUUUUGUUACUGAUAAGAUAAUAAGAAUAAGUUGUGUGUAAUAAUAGUGAUUAGAGAUAAGUUAUGUCACUUGUAGGUUAGUAGUGUAUUAGGAUAAUGUGCAGAUGUAAAAUAAUUAGUUGAAAGAUCAGCUAUCCCAAGUUAUUACAGGUGAUGUUUAACUAACCUAACCUAACCCUUCACAGGUAACGUUAGGGCGAUUAAUUAUCAAGUGUAAUAAGCUGGGUGAAGAGAAUAAUUAAUAGGUAGUCCCAAGUAUUGUAUUUUCACUGAACUUCAUCACCAAAACAAUGCUAAUGUUAAGAGGUCUCACACAAUCGGCCAGUAUCGCGUAAAACACCUUUCAAACAAUCAUGGCAUCUUAUUAAAUUGUUGAUUGCAGUUGAUAUCCUUCGUGUGAGUUUGAAUUUAGAAAUGAAA